CAGGCUUGUGAGCUUCCAUCUUCCCAUUCCGAGCACUCCCAUUACAUCUGUACUGAUGAUGGUGAGGUGAAAUGCCUGGCAGGUUGGACAGGGGACCUCUGCGACGUCCCGAAGUGUCGACCAGGCUGUGAUCCACUGCAAGGGUACUGCAAUCGACCUGGAGAAUGCUUAUGCAAGCUCGGGUACUAUGGUGAUAAGUGUAACAGAUGUAUACCCUUGCCAGGAUGCCAGCAUGGCUACUGCAAUGAGAGCUUCCAAUGUAUCUGCCAUGAAGGAUUUGAUGGACUCUUCUGUUCUGAACCAAUCUGCUCUCCUUCGUGUCACAAGGAACGUGGAUAUUGCAGAAAACCAGGCGAAUGCAGGUGCAAGGUUGGGUGGUGGGGAAACAAUUGUGAGAAAUGUUUUCCUUAUCCUGGAUGUGUCCAUGGAACAUGUAGGCGACCAUGGGAAUGCAACUGUCAGAAGGGUUGGGGAGGAAUGCUUUGCGAUGAAGACGCCCAGACCUCACCCAACGUCAAGACCCACAACCGUGUCCAAUGCGACGGAGCUAUUUUCGGAGCUGACGACUUCGGCGUACACGACUGAGAGCGCUGCAAGAGACAAUGCAACCACUACAACUUUGAAGUCUGUACUGGAAGGUGCGGAAGAGAAACCGUCUGAUAACGAGACGUAA